AUGUCGCCUCUGACGCCGCAGCCGCUGGGCACGUCGCUACCGCCGCAGGACACGCACGCCAUAUCCGUGUCCAUGCCGGACUGGAAGCACGUCGUGGGCUACGAGGAGGGUAAGCCGGAGGUGUUGGGCGCCAUGGCCUGCGGCUACCCGCGCUUCUUCCGCCACCCGCUGGUGGUGGCGCUCACCGCCCAAGUGCAGACUCAGCUGUUCCCCGAGGAUGACGAGGACGCGUGGGAGCUCAUGCCGGUACCGACCUCCGCCGCAGCCGAGCGCCUGCGACACUUCCUAGUGGCCAGCCAUUCCGGUGUCGAAAACGCUGUCAAAAACGACGAGGUCUCGGUGCACCUUGUCAAAAACGCCGUGCACGUCGUGCGCUUCCCGCGCCGCCUCGGCAAGACGGCGUCGCAGUUCUGGCAGCACUCGGGGGAGAUCGUGUCCUCGCGCCACGCCGAGCGGCUGCUGCAGCUGCUCAAGGGCGAUGACGAUGUCGAAAUUCCGGCGUUGGGACACACGGACAGCCACUUGGCGCUUCGAAAGCGCGUCGCGGGGCUCUACUUGCCCUCUGCUGACCCGUCCAAAGUGGCUCUGUACCCCACGGGCAUGGGGGCCAUCUUCGCCACGGUGAGGCUGCUGCAGAAGUUCCGUGGCCCGGACUACAAGAGCAUCUUGGUGGGCUUCCCGUACGUCGACACGCUCAAGAUCCUGAGCAGGAAGGAGUGGUGCGCGCGUGGCGUGCACUUCUUCCCGACGUGCGGGGAGAAGGAGAUGCAGGAGGUGGAGGCUAUCGUGGCCAAGGAGAAGGCGCUUGGCAUCUGGGCCGAGUUCCCGGGCAACCCGCUGCUGUCCAUGCCCGACUUGAAGCGACUGGCCAAGUGUGCCCACGACAAUGGUACUGUGUUGGUGGUGGACGACACUAUGGGGUCGUACAACGUGAACACGAUGAAGCACGGCUGCGCCGACCUGGUGGUCACGAGUCUGUCGAAGAUUUUCGGCGGCACGGGCAACGUCAUGGGGGGCAGUGUGGUGCUGAACCCAGACAGCCCCAAGUUCGAGGAGCUGGAGGCCAUUUUCGACCCUGAAGGAGACUCGUUUGCGGUGGAGGACGAUGUGAAGGAGCUGCUGGAGCAGUCGAAGGACCUGGCGCAACGUCUCGCGAAGACCAACGCGACCACUGCUGAGAUUGUGGACAGACUGCUGAAGCACCCACUUGUGAAGGAAGUGUACUACCCCACGCAGGGCGACGCCAAGAACCUGUACGAUCCGUUCCUGAACCCGUCCGAGGACAAGGACAAGCCUCGUUAUGGGCCGGUGUUCUCGAUCCUGCUGCAGGGCGGACUCGAGCCGGCCACGGCAUUCUACAACGCCUUGACGAGUGCCAAGGGCCCGAGCCUCGGCACCAACUUCACGCUUAGCUGCCCGUACACGUUGCUUGCUCACUAUGGGGAACUGGAUUUCGUGGAGUCUUGUGGUGUCGACCGCUACCUGAUUCGCAUUUCGAUCGGCCAGGAGGACAUUGAGGUGAUCUGGGCCGACUUUGAGCAGGCCUUCGCCGCUGCCAGCGCCUUCAUCGCGCUGGAGUCGUCAGCCUCCAAGUAA